AAUAAGAAUGAGUCCUUCUAAAAUCUUGAAGGAACUAGAAAUAGAAGUGGAAAAACAAAGAUUGUGUUCCACCUGAACCUAAAAUGGUAAGCGAGAGUCAUCAUGAGGCCCUGGCAGCCCCGCCAGUCACCACUGUUGCAACUGUUCUACCAAAUAAUGCCACAGAGCCAGCCAGUCCUGGGGAAGGGAAGGAAGAUGCUUUCUCUAAACUGAAGGAGAAGUUUAUGAAUGAGCUGCAUAAAAUUCCAUUGCCACCAUGGGCCUUAAUUGCCAUAGCCAUAGUUGCGGUCCUUUUAGUCCUGACCUGCUGCUUUUGUAUCUGUAAGAAGUGUUUGUUCAAAAAGAAAAACAAGAAGAAGGGGAAGGAAAAAGGAGGAAAGAAUGCCAUUAACAUGAAAGAUGUGAAAGACUUAGGGAAGACCAUGAAAGAUCAGGCCCUUAAGGAUGAUGAUGCUGAAACCGGAUUGACUGAUGGGGAGGAAAAAGAAGAACCUAAAGAAGAGGAGAAAUUGGGCAAGCUUCAAUAUUCACUGGAUUAUGAUUUCCAGAAUAACCAGCUGCUUGUGGGGAUCAUCCAGGCUGCUGAGCUGCCCGCCCUAGACAUGGGGGGGACCUCUGAUCCUUAUGUCAAAGUGUUUCUGCUGCCUGAUAAAAAGAAGAAAUUUGAGACAAAAGUCCACCGAAAAACCCUUAAUCCUGUCUUCAAUGAGCAAUUUACUUUCAAGGUGCCGUACUCGGAAUUGGGUGGGAAAACACUGGUGAUGGCUGUGUAUGAUUUUGAUCGUUUCUCUAAGCAUGACAUCAUUGGAGAAUUCAAAGUUCCCAUGAACACAGUGGAUUUUGGUCACGUAACUGAGGAAUGGCGUGACCUGCAAAGUGCUGAGAAGGAAGAGCAAGAGAAAUUGGGUGACAUCUGCUUCUCCCUCCGCUAUGUUCCCACUGCUGGAAAACUGACCGUUGUCAUUCUGGAGGCAAAGAACCUGAAGAAGAUGGAUGUGGGUGGCUUAUCUGAUCCAUAUGUGAAGAUUCAUCUGAUGCAGAAUGGCAAGAGACUGAAGAAGAAGAAGACGACAAUUAAAAAGAAUACACUUAACCCCUACUACAAUGAGUCGUUCAGCUUUGAAGUUCCUUUUGAGCAAAUCCAGAAAGUGCAAGUAGUGGUAACUGUUUUGGACUAUGACAAGAUUGGCAAGAAUGAUGCCAUCGGCAAAGUCUUUGUGGGCUACAACAGCACCGGUGCGGAGCUGCGACACUGGUCAGACAUGCUGGCUAACCCCAGGCGACCCAUUGCCCAGUGGCACACCCUACAGGUAGAGGAGGAAGUUGAUGCCAUGCUGGCCGUCAAGAAGUAGAGGGAAGAAGAAGCCUUUCUGCAUUUGCCCAAUAGUGCUCUUUAGCCAGUAUCUGUAAAUACCUCAGUAAUAUGGGUCCUUUCAUUCUCCAACCAUGCAUUCCUAAACAAUUCAGUGGUACUUCAAAUCUUGUUUUAUUUUGCACAAAUUUAAGUGUAGAGAGCCCCUGCGCCCUUCAUCAUGCCACUGCCCUCCAAAUCAACUCUUCUUUUAAGCAAUAUGAUGUGUAGAUAGAGCAUGACUGAAAUUAUUUAUUGUAUCACACUGUUGUAUAUACCAGUAUGCUAAAGAUUUAUUUCUAGUUUGUGUAUUUGUAUGUUGUAAGCGUUUCCUAAUCUGUGUAUAUCUAGAUGUUUUUAAUAAGAUGUUCUAUUUUAAACUAUGUAAAUUGACUGAGAUAUAGGAGAGCUGAUAAUAUAUUAUAUGGUAAAUAUAGUAUCGUCUGCAUUCCAGCAAAAAUAUCAACUUGUAAGGCACUAGUACAGUUAAACUGACAUCUUAAAGGACAACUUAAGCCUGAGCUUUCUACUGAAUCAUUUGAGUACCAAGAUAUGCUUAUACCACACAUUUGGUGGGUGAAUCCAAUUUUGUAGAAUUACUUCACAGGCAAAAUAACACGAUCUGGGCAGCAUCCAGGCUGUCAUCAAGGAAGUAUACCCACAAACCAGAAAAGCACCUGUCUGUACACAUCUACAAAGCUAAAAUCCCAGCUCCACUCUUACACUUGAGGAAGCAGCUGAACAGGAGUCACUGAAUUCAUGCUACUGUAUAUGGAAUAACAAUUCUAGGUGUUCUGUGUGCGUACAUGAGUGUGAGUGUGUGUGUGUGUGUAUGUGUGUGCAUUUGUUUGGGGAUAGGGUGGGGGAGGAGAAACUGAGAGGAGAAGUUAGCAGUUUGGGAAUAUUGCCUGACUAUUUAAAAAAGAAAACAAUAGCUCUCCGUUAUCACAUUUAUACAAAAUGUGCAUCCUGUGAAUUCUGGUCCAGAUUUCACAUCUAUAAUGAUUCCAAAAGGUUUGCACAUUAGACUUUGUAACAAAAUAUUUUAUUAUACAAAACCAGAUUAGAAGGAAUGCAGAAUAUUUUUAACACAGCGAUCUGUGCUUAUUACACAAAAUUACUUUGUGGUUAACAGACAGUAUUGUAAUCCCAUCAAAAGAUGAAAAAAAAAAAAAAAGAGAACAAUUAGCCAUAGCUCUGAAUGCACUUCAAUUAAGCCAAAACAGACAGCUAGGGAUCUUUUUAUAUGCUCUUUUUACUUAACUAAGUUUUAAUUUGUCCUUUAAACAAAGGUGAAACAAAACCAAGAACAAGUUCUAGAAAACUGAAGCAACCUCUUAUGUACACUAGAUGCUUGAUUUAGGAGGAGUUUUUAAAUGUUUUCAAUGUUAUUAUGUAGUAAAUGGCACUAUUCUGAAGCUACUAGUCAUUCCGUAAGAGUCUUAAAGGACUGCUCUGUGUAACACUGUGACUGCCGUGUGUGCUUAGACACGUAGUUUCCUCAGUGGAUAGCACUCAACUUACUCCGUAGUGAUAUUGUAACAAUACUGCCAUUCCCUUUUACUGCACUGCCCAACGUGUGUGUAGCACAAACAAUUCUCAUUUACAAAGGACCAAUUCAGAACUGAAAAGCUAUGCAUAGCACAAGAAAGAUACAUAGAAUGGGGUGAAACACACAGCAUUUUGUCAAGCACUGUGCACUGUUCCAUAUUUGUCCCCACUAUGGUAAACAACACUUCCUGGAAGGACAGCCUGUCAUCUCACAUUGCUUCUAGUGUUUUCUCCCAUUCACUUCUGUGACCCAUUUUAACUUCUAGGCCACAGAGACUAGUGAUGUUCUGAAUGAGAGUUUAUCUUCACACAGUCCAAAAUGAUGAAGGAAAACUAAGCACUGGCCUCAUGAUCUGUCUUAGGACAUCACUCCAUGUUUUUGAAAAACCCAAGAGAAAGCAAAAAGGGAUGACAGUAGACUUAAACAUGGGGUUCGCUGUUUUCCCAUAAAACCAGAAUCCCUGUCAUUAUUCUCUCCUUAUCAAAGAGAAGCCCUUUCACCUUUCAGCUCCAUCAUAACAAACUCUUUAAAAAUGAAACAGACACAGAGGACAAAAGGAGAAUAUCACCUUCUUCUGAGAUGGCCCACAUUUCUUAAAAAACAUAGAUAAUAGGAAAUGCAAAACUCCUUAUGUAAGAAAAUUCAAAUGAGACUCUUCCCAAUUUAAGGGACCAAACCCUACCAAAGAGAGAAAGCUGACUUUUAAAAAAAUUCCUUAAAUAUCAGAAACUGACAUUUAAUUUCACUCUCUUUAGCUUCAAGUUGUUCAAAUGAAACAACACUUUAAAAUAAGCAGGUUCCAGCUGCAGAACAGACAUUAUUUCCUGCAUCAAAAUACUACUAACACAUUCUCUUGCAACACUGCCAACAAGGGAUUGUCAUGAUAGAAUGAGUUAGUACUAUGUCAUCUCUUACAAGUCGGUGACCGAACCUGCUUUAAGACCAAGACUCAUCCUCAGAGAAGCCACAUGUACCUUUCUGACAAAGCUGUGUAAAGUAUUAGAAUCCAAUGCCCUAGAAAGAUCCUAGUUGCCUUUGUGUAUAUUUACUGCCUGCUUGAGUGUUUCUAUAUGUGGGUUUUCUCUGUAUCUUGUAGAACGUUGGGGUGUUUUCUUCUGCCAUAUGGCUCGUGGCCCGCGAGCCAACUCCUUUAGCUGUAUUUUACCUUCAUUUUUUGAUGAGGUGGUUUAAAUUUUGUUUCACUUUGUGUAGUGAAUACCACAGUAGUUUUCUGAUUGUUGUUAAAAAUGACUUAAUAUAUUACAUGAUAUUCAAUAAAAAUGUUUUAUUUCCUGUUGA